AUGGUCCUUGCCAUCGCGCGCCGCAAUGGAAUCGAAAUGGAGGGCACCGACGACGCGGAACGCUUCUGCGCCGCGCAACGCGCGAAACGGUCGUUCCGCGACCUGCAGGAAUUCCUCGACCUGUACUACUCGUCGUGCGAUGUGUUACGGACCGAACAGGACUUUUUCGAUAUUUGCGCCGCCUAUCUCGCUCGAGCUCACGCGAAUCGGCAGUGCACAAAUCAAACGUCGCUGCGGCCACCCGCCUCACAGAUUGAUUUGUACACAGGCAAAUGGCGUGGUCCGCGCGGAGAUCUUCUUCGAUCCGCAAACGCACAUGGUCGAACGCAACGGCCUCCCACUCGCGAUGGUCGUAAAUGGUCUCUACAGCGCGUGCGCGGCGUCGCCCGUCGACGCGACGUUGAUCAUGUGUUUCCUUCGCCACCGUCAUCCGCCGCUGGCGCCGGCCGACGAGGCCGAAAAGAUCCUCGACGAGGCCCUCGCCAACCACAAGCAUCAAAUAAUAGGCGUCGGCCUCGACUCGUCGGAGGCGGGUCAUCCACCACGACUCUUCGAGCGCGUCUUCGCCAAGGCGCGCGCGGCGGGGCUGCGUUGCGUGGCUCACGCGGGCGAGGAGGGGCCUGCGUCGUAUGUCACCGAGGCCCUCGACCUCCUACAAAUCGAGCGCGUCGACCACGGCGUGCGGUCCCUCGAAGACCCCAUGUUGCUCGCUCGCCUGGCGCGCGACGGCAUCCCCCUCACGGUCUGUCCGUGCUCGAACCACCGGCUACAGGUGAACCGGCGCUUUUUUGGAGGCGAGAACCCGACGCGCCAGCUGCUGACCAAGGGCCUCAAGGUGACGCUGAACUCCGACGACCCGGCGUAUUUCUUCGGGCACACCGAUAAAUAUGGGAAGACACACGGGGGCUACGUCGAUUCGUGCUACCACGCGACCGCGCGCGAGUGCGGCCUCACCGCGGACGAGUGCGUCCUCCUCGCGCGCAAUUCGCUCGAGGCGACCUUCGCCGCGCCCGAAGAAAAGGCCGCGCUCGUGGCGAAGCUCCGCGCCUACUGCGAGGGCUUCUCCGCGUGA